AGCAAUCUUCAACUUUGAUCAGCUUCCAACUGAUACGUACAAUGACAUUUACCAAUAUGCUGAAGGCGUUGGGUUUGCUCAACAAUGGUCCAGCUCCAGAGCAAUGCUACAAUCCAAAUAGUACCAGAGGCACUCCUGCACCUACUACUUCCAAAGGAUAUAAUCAUCCAGGUUAUUCUCCUCCUCCUCCUCCUCCUCCUCUUCCUAAUGUGGUUAAUGGAUAUCCAGUCAAUAAUAAUUACACUCCUAAUCCUGCUCCUAAUGCGUACUACUACUAUUAUCCCACACAACCAGCCCCAACUAAUCCUUCAGAAAUAAGCCAUGAUAAUGUGACGACGUUUGUUCCUCAUGGACAUGACAUUAGUGAGGGCUUAAAGCCACCCAAUGCAUAUGACAAUAGUUCCUCAAUUGCUGGACCUGACCAACCGGCAAAUUCGAAAAGUAGAAUUAGUACUUGUGCUAAUCCCCAGCUGCCCAAGAGUAAUGGAAAAGUUGACAAGCACAAGAAUAUUGGAGAAAAGAAUGGCAAGAAAAAGAACGGGAAAAAAAAGAGUUCCAGAUCAAGCGGCGAUUCAUUCAAGGUUCAUGGGAAUACUAUUAAUGGAGGCAAAGGCGACAAGGUUGGAGUUUUCGACUUUGGUAACAAGUAUAGUAGAGGCGGCAAGAAGAGAGAUGAAGAAGAAGAAGACUCGACUGAAGAAGAAACUGACUCCGGUACUGAAGACGAAAGAGAUUAGUUCUGAAGUAAUUACUACAUAUAUGAUGGCAACAGUAAAUAAUGGAGUUGUCAAAAUAUAUAGGCAACUUACAUGGUACUUAAAGAUCAAAUUCAACAAUAUUCUGUAAAUGUUAUCUAGUCACUCUUGAUUUCAAAGAAAAAAAAAAUUGUGUAACGAUUAUAUCUAGCUAUUCAAUCGCAGUUAUGGUGGAUAUGUAUUCAAUCUUAUGAAAUUAUAUUUCAUUUGGGAGCAGUUAUUUUCAAA